CUCUCAAUAAUACUUACUAUUAUUAAAAAUUGUUUGGUAAGUCAGUAGCAUUGAAUUAAUUGUCCUUUUAGUUGAAAUUAUCUUGUCAUGAUUUUCACGGCAAUUAGACAAGUAGAUAAUUGUGCAGUGUGAACGGAAGUGUUAAAAAAAAUGAGCCUACUUACAGCACAUUCAACAUCAAAUGGUUAUCAUUUCACAAACAGACUAACUCGGUAUAUAAUUAAAACACACGCAAGUGUUUAAGUUACCAUUUGGAAUUGUAAUAAUUUUAUUGAAAAAUGGAAUUAUCUACUCUGGUUAUUCUUGGAUUCUUGUUUCAACUGGCAUCAAGCUUACAGUUUAGCUAUGAGCCCCAAGAUUUAUUGGUAGAAGAAGGAAAACCAGCUAGACUUGAUUGCCAGGCACAGUUUAACUCGAUACAAAAUGGAGGUUUACAGGAAAUUCCUGUCAUUAGAUGGCGCACUGAUGACGGACAACUUAUCAACUUUAUCGGAGAUAAAUAUCGAACUCAGCUAGCUAAUGGGUCGUUACUCAUUAGGUCAAUUGAUUCGGAGACGAAUGGAAAAUAUCAGUGUUUGGCUUCAAUAGAGAAUGUUGGAGCCAUUGCAUCAAGGAUUGCUACAAUUAAACUCGGUAGUUUAGAAAGCUUUGACCGUGAGCCACAAGAUAUAAUGGUCUACCCAGGGCAGAUAGCUUAUUUAAGUUGUAGAAUUGCGGGCAGCAAUAAACAUGUGAAAAUUAGCUGGCUAAAGGAUGAUCAGCCUCUUAUGCUGGAUGAGAGUAGAAUGAGUGUGCUGCCGUCAGGAGCUCUAGAGAUUUUCGAAGCUUUGCCACACGAUGUUGGCUCAUACAUGUGCAACGCUAGCAGAUUUAGCCACUCACAGCUUAGUAAUAAAGCUCAAUUAACGCUUCAAAGUAGUGAAGCUGGAGAAAUGGAAAGUGCUCCUAUAUUCAUUGCUAGACCAUCUAAUCAACGCGUUUUAGAAAAGUCCAGUGCAACACUCGAAUGUGCGGCUAAUGGCAAACCUAAACCACAGGUUUUUUGGCUUAAAGAUGGUGUCUCUAUUGAUCUCGCUUCUCUCGAUUCCAGAUACGAAACUGUGGGAGCUUCAAGUUUGAUGAUCAAAGAUGUGACGGAAGAGGAUAAAGGUUUGUACCAAUGUCGAGCUAAGAACGAUAUUGACAGUCUUGACGCAAUAGCCGAACUCACGGUCGAAGUACCACCUAGAUUUAUAAAACGUCCUCAAGAUAAAGAGGCCAUCGAAAAUCAAGAUCUUGAAUUUGAAUGUGAGGUCUAUGGUCAGCCCACACCUGUUGUCACAUGGCUAAAGAAUGGCGAGCGAAUUCAGCUUAGUAAUUAUUGGCAGUUAACAAAUGGGUACAACUUACGAAUAAACGGUUUACUCAGUAUUGACGCAGGCAUCUUUCAAUGUAUGGCUAAAAAUUCGGCAGGCAGUGUACAGGCUUCUGCUCGCCUCAUUAUCAACCAACUCAAGAAAGAACGGAAAGGAGGUGAUGAAUUUUAUGGGCGCAAAGGAAGUGGGUCUUCGACGAGGCGGCGGCUGGGGGUGCAGCAACUAUUAUCCAAUAGUACAUGGCAGCAUCCAAGCACUUUACUUGGGCACACUUCAUCUGCAUACACAUUCAAACCGCCACUGUCAAUCCCCACCUCCGAUGACUCUGUUGACCUACUCAUUGAACCCUUCGCUGUCCGUCCAUUUUCCUACGAACCGGUUGUUGCAGACUCUCAAGAUGGUUUAAACGUGGGUGAAAGCUUGAGCGUUCCCAUGGCUCCUCGAAAUCUUAGCGCAGCCUUUGUUAGCACUCGUUCCGUAACGUUAAUGUGGAAAGAGCCACAUGAAGUUGACGUCUCCAACUAUUUAGUCUACUACCGACAAGAUGGAUUUGAGAGGGAAAGGAUCGAGAGGACGACUAUGAAAGAAACCACCGUCACUAUUAACUCUUUGCAGCCUGGAACAAACUAUAUAUUCCGUACAGUCGCUAACGUUUCUAACGUUUUAAGCGCUUCUAGUAAUGUUAUUCGGCUUACUACUGAAUCUGAGCCCAACGUGCCGAGUCAUCCACUUAAACUUAAAGGUUGGCCUACUAGUCACGAAAGUAUAGCGCUUAGCUGGAACGAACCAAUCUCAAUUAAUGGCCAAAUUCUCAGCUACAUUGUCACCUAUGCGCACGGAGAUAGUGAAGAGAGUACAGUUGGUACCAAUAGCACCACUCAUGAAUUGUUUAAUUUAAAACCCUACCGAGAGUAUAGUGUGUGGGUACAGGGUGUAAAUGAAAAUGGACCUGGUGCUUCAACUGGCGAGCUCAAAGUCCGAACAUUUAGCGCUGCUCCUAGUAAUUCUCCUAAUGUUACUUUAGAAGCAGUCAGUGCUACGAGCAUCAUCGUGAGAUGGGAGCCCCCAAUAGAUGGCCUGAAUGGUAUAAUAAUCGGUUACAAAAUCCGUUAUCGUCCGACUAAUCGUCGCAGUCAUCCUAUAGUAGUGACGACUGAAGGCAACCAACAUAUGUAUGUAAUUAAUAGGCUGGAGAAAAACGUGGGAUACCAAGUAAGAGUGUGUGUUUUCAAUGUCAACGGGACUGGACCUUGGUCUGAUUGGUCGGAAAUCGAAACCCAUGAAAGUGAUUUGUCCGAAAGUGUUGUACCAAACUCACCUACAAACUUGAGAAUCAAAGCAAUGUCUGAUUCAAUACUAGUUUGGUGGGGUCCACCCAAAGAUCAGAGUAUCAAAGUGCGGGGAUAUGUUCUUACAUGGGGUAAAGGGAUUCCUGAUGAGUACAACAAGGUCUUGGAUGAUAAGCAGCGCUAUUACACAAUUGAAAACUUAGAGUCUAAUUCAGAAUAUGUAAUAACACUUCGAGCAAAAAAUGAAGCUGGCGAGGGUAUACAAGUGUAUGAAAAUGUGAGAACGAUAGAGAAAAUGCCAAUGACUGAGAGCCCUGCACCAUUAACACCUCCAGUUGGUUUGAAAGCUAUCGUCAUGUCACCUACUACAGUGGUACUUCAUUGGACAGAUAUGACGCUCCCUAAAAAUCAAUUCAUUACGGAUAAUCGCUAUUACGUAGUACGCUAUACAUCAUAUCAUCGAAGCAGCAUUCAACGUUAUAAAUAUUUCAAUGCAACUGAUUUACAUUGUACAAUUCAAGAUUUGAAACCAAAUACAGAACAUGAAUUCACUGUUAAAGCCGUUAAAGGUCGCCGAGAAUCACCGUGGAGCAUGGUUGUUAUGAAUAAAACUAUGGAGUUAAUUUCAACUCCUCAAGAUUUAAAGGUAGAAGGGAUUGAUAAUCAUCCAAAAUCAGUUUUGCUAAGAUGGACACCGCCAAAACAAGCAAAUGGCGAAAUAAAUGGAUAUGUUAUAUCGUAUACAACCGACAAUACUAAAAUUGAUAGAGAAUGGAAAGCCACGGCUGUAGUAGGCGACAAAACAGAAUAUGUACUGACGGCAGAUUUGCAGCCGCACACUACUUACUACUUCAGGAUUCAAGCCCGGCAUACGAAAGAUCGAUAUGGGCCCUUUUCCACAACAAUAGCUUAUAAGACUCCUACAACUUUAAGUGGCCAAGGCUGGUCAAGUAUGCUAAUUUAUAUUAUUAUUGGUUGCUUCAUAUUAGUAUUGACUGCCGUAUCCGUUAUUUUUCUAUUUAUCUGUUGCCGACGGAAUCCAAAUCCGGAAGAUACAAAAAAGGGAUAUCUUAAAGAUUCUAAUAUAAAGACUAAUAUAAAACCACCAGAUCUGUGGAUUCAUCAUGACCAAAUGGAAUUGAAGGCUUUAGAGAAAAACAUAGCCAAUGGAGAAACGUCCUUAAAUGCAAUUACUAGCAACACUUUACCGAGGUCUGGCAACUCCGAAUAUAAUCAGGAUAACGUUCAUGUAAAUUCCAGUUCACUCGACAAACGUACUUAUAUACCAAGUUAUAUGGGUAAUGCUGACGAGAAAUGCUCUGUAUUGAGUAGACAAUACUGUAGAGGAAGUCAUAAAUCUAAACUCAUUACACUUCCUGUCGAUAACGCGCCUCUACACCAACCAAUAGCAACGGCAACACCGAUAGUAAACAGUAGCCUUUCACAACAAACAAUUCAUAGUUCAUGCUCGGAUGUACCUUCAAUAAGGGCAAACUAUCCCCGAACAGUGGCACAGUAUAGUUUGAGUCGAGCACAUAUAACGCUGGAACCGACUCCAGAAUCCAGUCCUGAUUCAUGUAACUUAAUAAGUACAUACGAACCUCUUCAGACUCAAUUGUACAGUUCGGGAGGAAUACAGUCUUAUAAUGCAACGACGCAGUAUCCACCGAACUCAUAUGAAGAAAAUUCUCAAAUGGUUAAUACUUCUACAGCGAUUUCGGAAACCACAUGUGGAACAAAUAAACGACUCCAAGGCCACCCACUCAAAAGUUUUAGCGUUCCUGCGCCACCGCCCCAAUCAGCGCCAUCAACGCCAGCACAGCAGAAACAUGGAGUAUCACAAAUGACUAUCAGACCGAGCUUAUCUGCAAGUCCCUAUAAAAAAAACGUCAGUUCUAACCAACUUGUGAAAAAUAGACUCACUUCUGUUACAAAUACUAAUCACACUCCUGAAGAACUUGAACGUUUAAAGGGAACAAAUAGUAGUCCGACGGAGCCACGUCUGGAGAAUACGGGGGAUGUGAAACGAGUUGGAACCCUAUCUCCAUCAGUUUUGCGGCCACAACUGCUAAGGCGUGAGCUGGCGCAUUGUCGUAGUGGAAGAGGACUUUUUUGUGGGCCAAUCGUGGACGUUUUUCUAGCAACUCGGUUUUCAAACGAUCCAAUAACGAUGAAUAAUAUUCGCCUGUAAUGAUUUUACCCUUUUCCAGAUAGUCGAUGAAGAUUAUUCCUUGCGAAUCCCAAAAGACAGUCGCCAUAACCUUUCCGGCCGAAGGAAUUGUCUUCGCCUUUUUCGGAUCAGAUUCCCCCUUGGUAACCCAUUGUUUAGACUAUACUUUGGUCUCAGGAGUGUAGUGAUGUAUCCAUGUUUCAUCUACAGUGAUGAAACGACGCUUAAGGUCUUGCGGAUUUUGCUGGAACAGCUACAAACCAUUCUUGCAACACUUCACACGAUCUCGUUUUUGGUCAAUCGUGAGCAAUCGCGUCACCUAUCUAGCGGAUAGCUUUUUCAUGUCCAAAUGUUGGUGCAAAAUAUUAUCUACCCGUUCGCUCGUGAUGCCUACAGUACUAGCAAUGUCACACACCUUUACUCUUCUGUCAGCCGUCACCAUAUCAUGGAUUUUAUCAAUGAUUUCUGAAGUGGUAACCUCAACACAGGGCGUCCAGAACGUUCAGCGUUUUUUGUGCUCAUAUGGCCACUCCGAAAAAUUUGAAACCACUUAUAAACCAUUCUAAUUAAAGGUGCACAAUCGCCAUAAUGUCUAUCAAGCUUCUGUUUAAUCUCCUGAAGCGUUUUGCCUUUGAAAAAGUAAUGUUUAAUCAAUACACGAAAUUCUUUUUCGUCCAUUUUUUUACAACCACUCGAUUUCUUUGAUUGAAACGAAUGUAAAACGCAAAGUAAUUGGCCGAUCUGGCUGAAACUUGGUGUGUGCUCUUCCAAGAUAUGUCACUAACUGAAAAUAACCUUGAUACGCACUAGUAGCGCCAUCUCUCUGACUUUGCACGGACUUUUCAAACGACCCUCGUAGACAACAGUUGCUUGUGAACACAGUGUCGUGCUUUUUAUUCUGUUAAGUGACUUGGUGAAUCCGCGAUCGCAACAAGGGCUACUGGCACCCGUCGGCCUAUCUGAAGAUAUGUGUGGUAUCCUCUGAGGCGUCUCCGACCCUGGACAGUUCAAACAGCAGCAACUCGGCUCUACUCUUCGGGGCAACAUAGUGCUGGCCGUGCCCGUGACCAAGACGUUGGCACUGUGCUGCUCUAGGAGACAACCUUUCUUCUCGCACAAGGUGCAAUUAGUGUCGUGUUGUAAGCGAGUAGUUUUAAUUUGAAUGGCCAUUCACAGGCAAAGCGAGCCUGCCGAAAUUUAUUAAUUGUAAAUAAGUAGCGUAACUCUGUACAUUUAUCGAUAGUGUUUGCUCAUAUUUAGGUGGCUUUUCCCGACUUAUGACUGUGGUUUUUAUGCCGGAU